AUGCGAUAUCAACACUGGGAUGUGCUUUUGUUCCCUGGAGACUCCAAGAUUCCGAUCCAAGAAUUUGACACAAGGUGUUAUGCCUUGGAACAAGCAUCGUGCCUUCAAGGUCUUGACUUCAAUCGCAGUAACUAUGAAUCAAUGAACAUCCUCCCUACCCUCACAUGUUUUGUGGCAAGUCUCGAACGUGGAUCAUCCUUUCGCAUCUCGAUUCAUAGCUGGGAGAAGCCGAAAGCGUCAAGCUUGCUCCUGAGGUCGAAAAGGGCGGAAGAGAUUGUUCUGUUCGAAGCCAAUGUAUACGUGGACGGAAUAUUGACAGCGUCUGAUGAUAGACAUUUGAUCAAGGCGCCAGAGCUGACAUUGCUGCCAGACACCGGACAUUCGAGGACGGCGCCUGGCCAGAGGUCAUUGCCACACUGGGUGCCUGGUGACCCUGUUGGUCGGAUCAAGGUUGUGAUCGCUGAGGGAGUCCUACGAGACACCACUCCACCGAAAGCCUCAGCCACCACAUUUGACCGAUUUCGGGAUGUUGUCAGCUUUUCGUUUCAGCAUGCACCUCAAUAUAUUCUCGAAUAUUCCGGUAUCGCAUGGCCGAAUAUGCGACUCUUUGCCAGGGCUUUGAAAAGGUCAACGAGGCCCCCGCCUAUUGGCAGCCGUUUACCACCAGCCACUGCGCAUGAAUCUCAUUCGCAUUCUCCUCGGCGUAUGCCAGGUGCAGUGGCCCUAGAGAGACCGUCAUCUAGAGACACCGAACCGUUUCAAAACUUGUUGAACGCGGAGGCGUUUUCUGAUUUAAAGUCUGAUUCAGUGACCAAGCCCAGCUUGUUAACUGCCACCAGAAAGGUCUCACCUACCAGCAGUGCGGAAUAUGAAGAUCCUUUCCUUGGACCAGCGGGCUCGACACGGCACUGGAGGAUGCGGAUGAGGUCCAGCAGCCAUGAUAUUCCCAUGUUCGACUACUCCUCGAACUACAGCGGAGCUCCCACGGAGAUGUCGGGACUUAGCUUCCCUAAGGCCAACUUUCUCAAGCACAUGCGUGAAGCCAAUCCAGAAGAGAUCGUGGAAGCCCUCAGUCCAGUACGGAAGGAACGGCUGCUUGAAGUUCUCAGUGCAUCACAAAGCCCUGCACGAGGUCCCAAUCCACCAACCAACAGUCCAUGUGAAACUGUACAUGGCGGCCGUGCACAUUCUCCGAUUGACAAACUUACCACGCUUGUCGCGUCCUCAGGGGAAGCUAGUUUUUCUGGCGAUGUUGAGGAAGAAUUUUGGUCGAAAGCUCUACAGAAACGAGAGAGCAGUGAGGGCCUUGGAUCACGAAACAGUCGGGGCGGCCCAAAAGACAAAAGCAGCAAGAUUAAUAGCAGUUCCAAACCGACGCCGACCUCUAGCGAAACAGCUAGACGAAGCAGUCUGGCUCCGUUAGAAGGUAGAUCAUCGUCGCUACGUAUCUCCAGACAAAGAUCGAUGUCGAAUGCUUCCAAACGCAAGCGUGCCUCACUGUCUCCUUCUAUCAAGAUCAGUACACCUGGAAGUACGAUCCAUGUUGUGAUUGACUCUACACCGGCGUCACCAAGAAGGGAGAAGGCAUUGGGACAGAUACGUGGUAAGCCCAGUGGUGGUGAAAUGCCGUCUCAUCGACGCUAA